AUGAAAGAAUAUAAAGUACUUCAGAAUGAAGCGUUUGAAGAUAUAAUUUUAUACCCAAAGGAUGAAACAGAUCUCUAUCAAUGGACAGCAAUCAUUAAAGGACCACCAGAAACACCGUAUGAAGGUGGUAACUUUGAAUUAGAUAUACAGGUACCUUCAAACUAUCCAUUACAACCACCAACCGUUAAAUUCAUUACCAAAGUAUUUCAUCCUAAUAUACAUUUUAAGACAGGUGAAAUUUGUUUAGAUUUAUUAAAGACAUCAUGGUCAGCUAUUUAUACACUUCAAUCAGUUUGUCGAUCUAUCAUUGCAUUACUUUCACAUCCAGAAGCAGACAGUCCACUCAAUUGCGAUGCAGGUAAUCUAAUGAGAAAUGGUGAUCAGAAAGGACAUGAUUCUUUAGCUAAAAUGUAUACAAGAAUAUACUCAUAG